GCUUGGAAGAACUCCAAUUGCCAGCAUGCCUUUGAACAGUUGUUACCUGUAGAGCAAUGGGGUACAUCCUACAUUGUUCCACCUCUAGAAUAUCAGGUCCUGGAUGACUCAGUGUAUAUCUUUGCUUCUAAGCCCACUCGUGUCACUUACCAAUUUGGUGACAAAUCUCAGGACACUGAUCUGAGUGCUGGUCAGUGGAAAGAGAUUCCAAUGACUAGGAGUCCACCAUUAGUCAUCUCUUCCACCCAGCCCAUUCAAGUCCUCUACUACUGCACUGGUGGCAAAUUUAGUGAUGGCUCUGUAUUUGACCCCUUUAUUAUGAACAUUGUACCCACUGAUAAGUUCUGUGAAUCCCACACGUUAGAGGGCAUGGAGGACUUUACUAACUAUGCCCUCAUCGUUGCCAAGACCAAGGACAUUAAAGAAAUACAAUUUGAUGACAAGCAUCCAUCUUUCAAUUGGCAGCAAGUUCUUCUGACAGAAUACUCGUGGGCUCAUUACACCUAUGAUAAAGGAAUAAGUCACCACACAGUGAAGAGUCCUUCUGCUCCCAUUGGAGUUUAUAGUGUUGGCACAGUGGACCAGAACAGCUACGGAGCUCCUGCAGCUUGUGGUCUCCUGUACUGUACCCACAAUGGUCAGUAUCAUCCUCCUGGAAAGCCACUCUGGCAUGAUUCUGCUUGUACACAGCUCUGCGAGUGCAACCCUUGCACAGGUUUUGUCAUCUGCCAGACAUCUCAGUGCAAAGCUGAAGAACAGUGUAAAGUUGUGGACGGUGUGAGCAAAUGUGUGGCAAAAACCGUUCCAGAACCACUAUGUCCAUCAAAAGAAAAAUAUCAUUACACAUACAUAACAGUCUACAUGUUCAAUGGCAAUGCAAAGGAGACGGCCAAGAACCAGCUCUACAUCACAUCCUAUCUAUCAGAUACAAAUGUACUUGUCACUGUCAACAAGUCUCCAUUCAAGAAAGAGCUGACUAUGCAGGGUGGAGAGUCUGAAACAGUGGAAGUACCUUCUGACACGGAAUUGAAAGGCACAGGCAAAUAUUCCAAAACGGUCAUGAUACAAUCCAACAAGUUCAUCACAAUUGUGUCCUCCAAUCAAAAGAAGAAUUCAGUUGACACCUCACUGGUGUAUCCAGUCAAUAAACUGGGUCAAGAGUAUUAUGUCUUCACGCCAUCAGCUACUGGUUACCCAAAAGAGUUGGCUGUUUUUGCCUUACAAGGCUCUACUUCAGUGACAGUAGAGUUGAAGUGUGCUGUCACUUUUGAAGGUAAAACGUAUAACCCAAAUGAAAAGCUUACUGCUGGCAUUGUUGCAUCUGAGGUCCUCUACCUGGAGUCCGAUAACGACUGCACUGGGUCAAGAGUGGUGUCAAACAAGCCUGUAGGUGUCAUCUCAGGACAUGCUUGUGCUUGGAAGAACUCCAAUUGCCAGCAUGCCUUUGAACAGUUGUUACCUGUAGAGCAAUGGGGUACAUCCUACAUUGUUCCACCUCUAGAAUAUCAGGUCCUGGAUGACUCAGUGUAUAUCUUUGCUUCUAAGCCCACUCGUGUCACUUACCAAUUUGGUGACAAAUCUCAGGACACUGAUCUGAGUGCUGGUCAGUGGAAAGAGAUUCCAAUGACUAGGAGUCCACCAUUAGUCAUCUCUUCCACCCAGCCCAUUCAAGUCCUCUACUACUGCACUGGUGGCAAAUUUAGUGAUGGCUCUGUAUUUGACCCCUUUAUUAUGAACAUUGUACCCACUGAUAAGUUCUGUGAAUCCCACACGUUAGAGGGCAUGGAGGACUUUACUAACUAUGCCCUCAUCGUUGCCAAGACCAAGGACAUUAAAGAAAUACAAUUUGAUGACAAGCAUCCAUCUUUCAAUUGGCAGCAAGUUCUUCUGACAGAAUACUCGUGGGCUCAUUACACCUAUGAUAAAGGAAUAAGUCACCACACAGUGAAGAGUCCUUCUGCUCCCAUUGGAGUUUAUAGUGUUGGCACAGUGGACCAGAACAGCUACGGAGCUCCUGCAGCUUGUGGUCUCCUGUACUGUACCCACAAUGGUCAGUAUCAUCCUCCUGGAAAGCCACUCUGGCAUGAUUCUGCUUGUACACAGCUCUGCGAGUGCAACCCUUGCACAGGUUUUGUCAUCUGCCAGACAUCUCAGUGCAAAGCUGAAGAACAGUGUAAAGUUGUGGACGGUGUGAGCAAAUGUGUGGCAAAAACCGUUCCAGAACCACUAUGUCCAUCAAAAGAAAAAUAUCAUUACACAUACAUAACAGUCUACAUGUUCAAUGGCAAUGCAAAGGAGACGGCCAAGAACCAGCUCUACAUCACAUCCUAUCUAUCAGAUACAAAUGUACUUGUCACUGUCAACAAGUCUCCAUUCAAGAAAGAGCUGACUAUGCAGGGUGGAGAGUCUGAAACAGUGGAAGUACCUUCUGACACGGAAUUGAAAGGCACAGGCAAAUAUUCCAAAACGGUCAUGAUACAAUCCAACAAGUUCAUCACAAUUGUGUCCUCCAAUCAAAAGAAGAAUUCAGUUGACACCUCACUGGUGUAUCCAGUCAAUAAACUGGGUCAAGAGUAUUAUGUCUUCACGCCAUCAGCUACUGGUUACCCAAAAGAGUUGGCUGUUUUUGCCUUACAAGGCUCUACUUCAGUGACAGUAGAGUUGAAGUGUGCUGUCACUUUUGAAGGUAAAACGUAUAACCCAAAUGAAAAGCUUACUGCUGGCAUUGUUGCAUCUGAGGUCCUCUACCUGGAGUCCGAUAACGACUGCACUGGGUCAAGAGUGGUGUCAAACAAGCCUGUAGGUGUCAUCUCAGGACAUGCUUGUGCUUGGAAGAACUCCAAUUGCCAGCAUGCCUUUGAACAGUUGUUACCUGUAGAGCAAUGGGGUACAUCCUACAUUGUUCCACCUCUAGAAUAUCAGGUCCUGGAUGACUCAGUGUAUAUCUUUGCUUCUAAGCCCACUCGUGUCACUUACCAAUUUGGUGACAAAUCUCAGGACACUGAUCUGAGUGCUGGUCAGUGGAAAGAGAUUCCAAUGACUAGGAGUCCACCAUUAGUCAUCUCUUCCACCCAGCCCAUUCAAGUCCUCUACUACUGCACUGGUGGCAAAUUUAGUGAUGGCUCUGUAUUUGACCCCUUUAUUAUGAACAUUGUACCCACUGAUAAGUUCUGUGAAUCCCACACGUUAGAGGGCAUGGAGGACUUUACUAACUAUGCCCUCAUCGUUGCCAAGACCAAGGACAUUAAAGAAAUACAAUUUGAUGACAAGCAUCCAUCUUUCAAUUGGCAGCAAGUUCUUCUGACAGAAUACUCGUGGGCUCAUUACACCUAUGAUAAAGGAAUAAGUCACCACACAGUGAAGAGUCCUUCUGCUCCCAUUGGAGUUUAUAGUGUUGGCACAGUGGACCAGAACAGCUACGGAGCUCCUGCAGCUUGUGGUCUCCUGUACUGUACCCACAAUGGUCAGUAUCAUCCUCCUGGAAAGCCACUCUGGCAUGAUUCUGCUUGUACACAGCUCUGCGAGUGCAACCCUUGCACAGGUUUUGUCAUCUGCCGGACAUCCCAGUGCAACCCUGAAGAAGAUUGUAAAGUCAUAGAGGGCAUGAGCAAAUGUGUGGCAAAAACCAUCCCUGCACCUGUGAAUCCACCCAAAGGUAAAUCAUAA